AACACGACCUCUUGCCAGGCACAUCAAUCAGUCAAUCAAUCAAUCUGACUGUUGUAAGCAAAUAGCGCAAUGCUGCUGUUGGCUUGCUUUUCUUGAGUUUGACGAAAGAUGUCCUGAACAAGAGCUCAAGGUUGGGUUGAAUCAGCCAACUAUGCCUGCUAGUUUUUCUAAGUAGUGCUAGUGGGCCUACAGUAGUACACCUAACCUUGAAUCAGCUGGUGCUGAAGAAGGUGCCUUUGUCGACUUCCUUGUGUGAAGAUGAGCUUCUUUCGUCGUUUCGACUUUUCAUUGCUCGUAGUACUGCUGUUUCGUUUUCUUCGAUCGUACUUCUGACAUCGCUCGUCCUCGUCGUACUGUUGUGUUCGUCCUAGAUGCAUGAAUCCACAGGACACCCACAGGGAGCCGGGUGUUGUCCAUGUUUUCGUGUUCUCGUCUCGGUAAAAAAAAGAAAAACACGUAUAAGAAAUUUAUUUUGAGGACUUCUCGGAGUUGAGUGAGGAGAAUCAACAUUCGAUAGAAGAGGUGGUCGAAAUCUUCGAUGAUCCUCUAAUUUAGAUAUGAUCCUCGUUUUUCAACAUUGGAGCACUUUCUACAUAUACUACACGACUAUUAGACAUUCAUAUUCAUUUCAUGCAUUUUUAUGUGAGCUGAAUUGCCGAACCCGAACCGCGAACAUGAAUGAAUGAAUGGGGUGCAGAAGAAAUUGCUAUUUCAUGGUUGUAAGUGAGCCUAGCGAUCCAAUCCAAAAAAAAAAAAAGAGGAGAAAGAUUAGAAAAAAGGUGGUCGUGGUACUGCAUUGACGAGGAUAAACCUAUGAGGGAGCAGCAAUGACGCUUCUUGCCGAAUGGCUACAAGGAUGGCUCCUUGGCUACGACACCAAGCGCCAUGGAGGCGGCGUCACAGGAUUACGGCAGAGUGAUGAAGGUUUGCGGAACAGCAGCACUACAUCAUUGAGCUUCAGAAGCACUGGUAGACCGUCACACUCUUCAGCACCAACGACAAGUUUCCUAGAACGCAAAACGCCGAUGACGUCAUUUCUGAAUACAAGACGUUCAUCUCAUCUGAAUAUUACAAGAAAACAUCUCGGUCUGAGCACAAGAACUAGAACUACAACUACAACUACUGCCUUCAUAAAGCGUUGCUGGUAUUCCGUUCGUGGUGAAGCAGAGGGUGAGGAAUGUCAGCAGCUGCGAGAACGAUUCAAAAAUGCUUCUUUAGUGGACAUGUUACCAACGGACAAAGGUAAGUGUGGCGCACCAAUCUACAUCCUAAACGGCAUUUCCCCAGGUGAUUCUAAGGGGAGUUGGUACCCCUCAAACCCGGAAGAAACACUCGAAUAUCCGAACGAAGUGUGGCAUAAGUACUUCUAUGAUGCUGAACUUUUAUUCCCGAACGAAGUGUAAAAUUAGUUUUAGUUUUAGAUGACAUGCGGCAAGAAGUAUCUUGAUCUAUGUAGUUUAGUCUUCACACUAGUAGUGCCGAUUAGAAAAGUCGACGUAGAAGUUACGAAAAACACAAUUCACAAUAGAUGCUGCGUGCCGGAAGAUGACAGUGGCGACGGACCCAUGACCUGCCAGAAGGUGCGUCUUGUCUCUCGCGGUGAUGUGACUGGUAUAUACGACGAUAAAUGCGGCACCGAUGGCGCGUGUAGUUAAGGCCACCAAAGUGACAUGAUAACUCCUAAAUCUCGACUCACUUAGGUGGAGUAUAUCUAUCUCUACAAAUGGGGCCUUUCCAAGUAGAUGGAAAGCUAUCUCAUCUACUAUGCUUUUUUCAAGAAAGCAAGAUCGAGACAUAUCGAAUAUGCGAAGAUCUAGAUAUCUAUGUCAACUACAUAUAAAGAACAAGAGAUUACUCGUCUAAGAUGGUGGGUAUCGAGAUCGCUGUUUGGAAUCUGCGACUGUUGCAGAGUAUUCUGAACAUGGGAAAGUGAUGGAACCCGAAUGCCCUAAAAAUUGCGGUGCAAGGUGUGUCAAAACGUACAUUUAUGAAAAUCAAAACUACACAAUAUUUGAAAAGCAUUGAUUACCAUGACUACACAGAUAUAGGAGGUAGAAAAAAGUACUUACUGUUAUAUACUUAGAUUUUACGUCAAUCCCGAAUAGCCUCGUCCCCUACCCCUACUGUUCCUACCCCCCUCACCGCGCGGCUUUACUUUCAUCUCCCGGACCGCCAUUGCGUGUUUCUCGGUAUCGAACCGAAGGAAGGGUGGGAAGGAUUUUCACAGCCUCUGGACCCUGUUUCGAAGGAGAAACUGCCAUACUCAGUGGUAGAUUUGGGCAUCCGCGACAGGGACGAAUUGGAAAAAGAGUUUCUACUGGGAGGCAAGAAAGAGUUGUUGUAGAAGUUCCCUUGAGGCGGGGAUGAAAAUUGGAGUAGUACUCCAAGAAUCAGAUUCCAAGAAUGCAAGCCCAAAGUACUUUGAGCAGAACAAUUACGUAGUAAAAAUGUUAUUCAACAGUCAACACAGUUGUUAGUAGAAGAAGAACGAACUUUCUCUCCGCAGUUUUGCAACAAAUUGCAGUGUCGUAUAAGCUGGCAGCACAACAAAAGACCGGUCAU